AUGGACAACCCCCCGGCCAGCCCCCACCAGACGCCUCUCCCUCAUCGGAAGGCGAACAGAGUUUCACAGCUGAUCGAAUACUCUCAAAACUUGUCUACUCUUUUGCCCUCGAACCCAAAAACCCCUGCCAAGAAAACACUUAUUAUCGAGCCGGGCCCAUCAUCAGCAGCCAAUCUGGUCAAAUGUCCGACAACCUCAUGUGAAACACUGGAGACCGAUUCGCCUCAUUCCGACAACAACUCUACAGCAGUUCCCUCUUCCCUCUUUCCUCAAAAGUCACGUGUGAGACCAAGGGAGGUGCUGCCUGCUUCAUCAAUGCAGGACUUUACCAUGACAAUUCCGAUCACGGUCACUCUUCGAGCCAAGGCUUGCUACAAAAGCUACCGAACAUAG